CUUCAUGAUACAAACAGAGGGUUAGCCGGACUGACAGCAAGUCAUCUUCCAACGAGGACAGGGACUGUACACUAUAGCUGCGGACCAGUAUUGUUUGUGUAAUGAGAAGAGGACGGCAGCUGUGUUAGGACCGUGAUUGAACACCAUGGCUUCAGCGCCUCCACUCACACGGUCAGACUCAGCUCGGGGGGAGUUUUCCCCUCUGAAGCAUUUCGUUGUGGCCAAGAAGAAGAUAAGUGAUGUUUUUGAACAACUGCUCAACUAUGUGAAAGAGACCUCAGAGUUUGUAGAAGAAACGUGUGGGAAUAAAGCUCUGGAGAACAUCGCCAGCCAGGACCAGAAGUUGGAGAUCCAGGCAUAUGCUGAUAAACUUGCUGUCAUUAAGGAGGUGCUGGCACGUAGACACAUGAAAGUGGCUUUUUUUGGCAGGACCAGUAAUGGUAAAAGCACUGUAGUCAAUGCCAUGCUGAGGGACCGAGUGCUGCCCAGCGGGAUUGGCCACACUACUAACUGCUUUCUAAGUGUGGAGGGCACCGAUGAAGACAAGGCGUACCUCAAGACCGAGGGCUCUGAUGAGGAGAAGAGCAUUAAGACUGUAAACCAGCUGGCUCAUGCGCUCCACAUGGAUGAGAGUCUUGACGCGGGCUGUCUCGUCCGUGUGUUCUGGCCAAAGACCAAGUGUGCUCUGCUACGAGACGACCUGGUGCUUGUAGACAGCCCAGGAACAGAUGUCACUACACAGCUGGACAGCUGGAUUGAUAAGUUCUGCCUGGAUGCAGACGUUUUUGUGCUGGUGGCUAACUCGGAAUCAACACUCAUGAACACGGAAAAACACUUUUUCCACAAAGUCAAUGAACGCCUGUCAAAGCCCAACAUCUUCAUCCUCAACAACCGCUGGGAUGCCUCAGCAAACGAACCAGAAUACAUGGAAGAUGUGAGGAAGCAACACACGGAUCGCUGUGUCAACUUUCUGGUUGAGGAGCUGAAGGUUGUGGAUCGGGAUCAGGCACCCAACCGCAUCUUCUUUGUUUCUGCCAAGGAGGUGCUCAACUCUCGCAUGCAGCGGGCGCAGGGCAUGCCUGAAACAGGCGGCGCUCUGGCUGAGGGUUUCCAGGAGAGACUGAAGGAGUUUCAGAGCUUUGAGAGGAGGUUUGAGGAGUGUAUCUCGCAGUCAGCAGUGAAAACAAAGUUUGAGCAGCACACAAUCAGGGCCAAGCAGAUCACAGAGAAAGUCAAGAGCAUCAUGGACGCCAUCAACAUCGAGGCGGCAGAGAAGAGAGUGGUGGCGCUGGAGGACAGAGAGUAUCAGAUGGACCGGCUAGACUUUGUCAAGAAUCAGCUCAAGCUGUUGAUUGAAGAUAUCAAGAAGAAAAUUAAGGCCAUCAGUGAGGAUGUCGAGUCGAAGGUAUCUAAUGCCAUGGAGGAGGAGAUCUGCCGCCUCCACGUGAUUGUUGACGAAUUCCACGCUGACUUUCAUCCUUCACCACAUGUCCUCAAGAUCUACAAGUCUGAGCUGUUGGCUCAUGUGGAAGAGGGAAUGGGAAAAAACCUAGCCUUUCGCUGCUCUGACGCCAUCAACGCUUCUGUCCAGUCCUCUCAGGGAUUUAUGAUAGAGAGCAUGCUCCCUCUGCUUCCUGCUACGGUCCAGAGUCAAAUCCACAUGCUGGUGCCCAACAGGAAGUUUGACCUGAGCUAUGACCUAAACUGCGCCUCACUUUGCAGUGACUUCCAGGAGAACAUUGAGUUUCAGUUUUCUUUGGGCUGGACAGCAUUAGUUCACCGCUUUCUAGGAUCUGUCAACGCACAAAGAGCACUCAAACUAGUCGACCAGAACUUCCAGGUACAGACCUCUCGACCAGCACUGCCUCUAGCCCGUACGCCAUCCUCGGGACCCCCUUCAUCAAUAGCUCCACCCAGCAACAACGACAAAGCCCUCAUGACACAAGAGGACCUGAUGGUUGCCAUGGCAACCAAUGUGGCAUCCCUCACCUCCCGCACUUCGAUGAGUGUUGUCAUCAUAGGGGGAGUGGUGUACAGAGCAGUCGGCUGGAGGCUCAUUGCCCUCUCUGCUUCUCUGUACGGAUUACUGUACCUGUACGAGAGGCUCACCUGGACCACAAAGGCAAAGGAACGCUCUUUGAAGCGCCAGUUUGUGGACUACGCAUCAGAGAAGCUUCAGCUCAUCGUCAGUUUUACAAGUGCAAACUGUAGCCACCAGGUCCAACAGGAAAUGGCUACGACCUUUGCACGGCUCUGUCAGCAGGUGGACCAGACGCAGAAAGAGUUGGAGGCAGAAAUCCGUCAACUGACGGCCAAGAUAGAUCAACUGGAGACCGUCCAGAGCCAAUCCAAGAGUCUGAGGCAUAAAGCGACAGAGCUGGAGAGACAGUUGGAGACGUUCACUAAUCAGUACCUGCAGCCUCAGCAGUGAGCUGCUCCUCUUCAUCGCUCCACUGUUUGGUUCUCAUUGAACCAAACAUUCCUCCAACAGGAAACUCCCUGCCUUGGUCCUUGUCACAAUAUUUUCUAUUUGAAGAUAAAUGCUUAAAGGUAGAACAAUCAGUUGGUUGAUCUAUCAGUGUUUAAAAGAAAUGAAUAUUAUUUUAAUACACCCUUUAUCCUGUUAAAAAAAAAAAAAAAGAAACACCAAAUUGCAAUUUCUCAAAGUACAGGAUUCAGACACUUUGUUUCAUUUGUAGAAGUAUAUAAAUUCUAUUUUGUUGUUCUUUUUUUGUCGCAUCCAAACACAAAUAUAGAGAUGUUUCUGGUAAGUGCAUGGCUACAUGCCAUUAUUUUUUGACAUUUUGUAGACUAAUCAGUUACAGAUAAAGGUUUAUCAAUCAUGGAGGUAUUCUUUAGUUACAGUCUCUCUGGAUUCCCAGACACAACAGUAUUUUUCUCUCCCCUUAUUUUCUCCUCACUCAGCCAAGUGUUUGAAUUUAAAAAAAACAAAGAAAACAACAAAACAAAACUGCCUGUAAAAACAAAGAAAGUUGAACUCAUGCUCUGUAGAGAUGCACCACAAGGUGGCGUUAUGACCUUUUGGUGUGACGGCUGCUGGUCAGGUGCUAUAUUUUCACACUACCGUGCUUCUACUGUGAAUAUGCCUUUUUUGAUGAUGAACUUUUGUGGAGUAAAUGAAGUUUGUGAGUCUGUGAGAUUGAAUCUUUAUCUGUCCAGCUGUAUGUACGCAACAAGAUUCAAGUUAUUUAAGAAAGGGGAUUAAAAAAAGUAUGUUUUUUUCCUGAAUUUUAGGGACUCUCGUUGAUUCAGUGAGUGAAAUCCUUUGAGUAGAAAGGGAAAGCAUGUCUUUAAUAUACUGAAGGUUCAUGUACUAUUUUCUAACUAUCAAAACUGUAUAAAUCAAAGGCUUUGGAAAUCCACUUAUAUUUUAUAAAAUCUUAUUUUAUUUAUACCCAUUAGACUUGUAAAGAUGAUAUCAGUCUGCACUUGUACCAAUCUUUUUCCUUGAAUGUGUGUGAAAUACCUCCAGAUCAGCCCAAACACAUUAAAUCUGUCACUAUGUUAAACAGUCA